AUGGCCAGCGCCCCUGCCGACCAGGUCCCCUCUUUGGGGCAGGUCGCACACGACGCUGCCGGCGACGGCAAGCUGACCUUCGAGGAGGCGAGCUUGAUGGUCAGCGGGAGCAAGUUGGACUUUUACCCCUCGAAGUGCGUCAAGAAGGACAGGUUGUCUUUCGCUGGUGACCUUUCAAUGUUCGACCUCCCCCUGGUGCCGAUCGCAAAUUCGAGCACUACGAAAUUGGUAGCAGUCGCCGACGUCGCGUCCGACUACGCGGGCCCAAUUGACUUCAAAAAGGUCCACGAGCUGUGCUGCAAUGGCAAUUUCAAGGGCUUGCAGGACCCAUUGUCUCUCAAGAAGGAGCCUGCAAUUCCGCGCGCGAUGCAGCUGUUCAUCAUGCGCGAGAACCCCGCGGACCCCGAGCGCUCCACCUACCGCAUCCUCAAGAUUGUCAGCUUCGAGAAGAACAGAGUCGACGCUGCGACCAUCUUGAGCUGCGCCCGCAGGGAGUCCCACAAGAUCAACUACGGCAAAAACUUCAGGUACUACACGAUCAAGCCGCAGCACGAGCGGAAGCAGCCGCUAGAGCAAGAUGGGCGCGCGCAGGGGUACGCGUUCAUCCGUGAGCACGGCCCUCGCAGUAACAACAUGAACCAGUUCCUGGAGUGGGCCGACGCGGAGGUGAAUAGAGAGGGGUCGAACAUUUUCGGUUGGCCAGCCGCCAAGGCGGAGACCGCUUUGCGCAAUCAUCAGAAAGGGAGGACAAACGCCAAGCCGAUUGCGCGAUGGAGUUUGACGGUGAAGGAUUUCGCUGGCUGGUUCCUCAACGGCGUCCUCAAGUUCACGAUUGGCACCCUCCAUCUGCACGGGGCCUUGUGGAUCGGGAAGUCCAGGGUCGGCAAGAACAACGGCUCCAAGACUUUGGCCUGGGCGCACUCGGCGUGCAGCAUCCAGAUGAAGGGGUCCGCCGACGACAUCGCCUUCCUGACUGUCAAGCAUAUGGAUUUCUUCCAGGGAGAGCCGACGACGGACGUCCUUCCUGGGAUUUUCGACGACGGCCUCCUGCAGAAGGUAUCGGCUGACGUCCUCAAGGCUUUCCUCAACCCCAAAGAGGAGGACGCCCUGCUGUGGGCUCGGUGGGGCGGCUGCGGUUUCGAGCAAGGGUCGCGCAGGCAAGCCGUUGCUAACCCUUACGACCGCGACGCGGAGAUGGCGGCGCUGGAUGCCGCGACGCGCAAUAAGUACGACUUGGACCGCUUCAAGAAGAUCGUCGCCCCGUCACUCGAGGAGGUGAAGACCGAGGAGGACUUCAAUGCCAUCCUCGCCAGGUCGCACUUCGUCGUGGUCACGGACCUCGGCGUGCACUGGCGCGUGGCGUCCGCAGAUCUGGAGGACGGCGCCGAGUUCAUGCCGUGGCCCAACCCCAGAGCCCCCGACCUCUUCGCCAGCGAGGUGCGGGACGCGUCGUCGCCAGCUGUCCGCCCGCUCCCUUCAGACUAUGCCGACAAGAUGGAAUGGUAUAUCGGCUACAUGAGCAGUCUGGUGGAGGGCUGUGACGCGCCCACGGUUGCGACGGUCCGCAUUGCCCCGAUGUUUGGUGAUGGCCCUGGACGCACGGUUUCCGUUGUCGGCAGCAUUUCGGGGUUCGUCGAGCCAGGCGCGGCUGCAAGCGCAUCGUCCGCCCCCGCGGCCGCUUCGGCGUCUCGUUCCGAUGGCGCGGCAGACGCAGCAGCCGCGGCCGCUUCGGCGUCUCGCCCCGACGACGCGGCAGACGCACCAUAUGAGGACGACGUGUUCGGUCUCGGCGGCGGCAUGGAUGGGCCAGAGGAGAGCGCCCCCGCCGCAAGCGCCGCGCAGCCUGACAUCGUGGGACGUUGCGGGGAACUGACGAAGGAGGACCAGGACGAGCAGAUCGCCAUUUUCAAGAGCCUCGCCAGGGCGCACCACGGCGCCUUCGAGGACUUGUGCUCGCCUCCGCCAGUGAAGAGGGCGAAGGGGCUCAUGGUGGGAUGCGGAGGUCCGCUGUCGGGAGAGGACGCCGCGGAACAAGAGGCGAUAUUCGCCUCCAUCGUCGCCUCGGCCCACGGGGAGACGAUCGCCGUCGACGACGACGACGACAACGACGGCACCCUGGAGGCCGAGCUCGGGCGCCUGAUUGAACAGGGCGAUCAGGCUUCGGAGCCGGCGGCAGCGCCCCCCAGCGAUACCGAGUGA